AUGAAGUUCACCACUUUGACUGGCGCAUUGGCUCUCUUCGCUUCAGCAGCUUCGGCUCUGAACAAGCCUCUGGACAUUCAAGUCGACAAGGCUGUUGAGUGUACCCGCAAGACCGUUUCGGGUGACAAGAUCGAGGUUCACUACCGCGGUACCCUUCAGGAUGGUGGCAAGGAGUUUGAUGCCAGUUACAACAGAGGGCAGCCUUUGAGCUUCCACGUCGGCAAGGGACAGGUCAUCAAGGGUUGGGACCAAGGCUUGCUCGACAUGUGCCCUGGCGAGAAGCGCACAUUGACCAUCCAACCCGAGUGGGCUUACGGCAGCAGAGGCAUGGGACCCAUCCCUGCCAACAGUGUGCUAGUAUUCGAGACUGAGCUGGUCAGCAUUGCUGGAGUCAAGAAGGACGAGCUCUAG